AUUGGAUGGGGAAAGUGUUGUGGCAGAUCCCAUUGCUGAAGACUACUCGUUGCAAUAUGGAUGUUCGCUACUUUCCCUACGACAUCCAGACAUGCUACCUGGAUCUUAGCUCCUGGCGCAUGCUCGGAAGCGAAAUCAACCUUGAGUUCAUGGAGGAUUAUUCUGGAGAAGCAGCAGAAGAGGUUGCUAAGUUCCGUCAUCCGGAGUGGAAUUUAAUCUACGUGGACAAAAUCCGAGAGGUGCAGGGGUGGGAAGGGUACGAAGUGCCCAUUCUCAAGUUCAAGUACGCCUUCCACCGACAGUCCAAAUACUUCGAGUACACCAUGGUGUACCCCACUGUUCUUAUAUGCCUCAUGGCGUUCAUUUCGUUCAACUUACCCAACGACUGUGGCGAAAAAAUCGGGUUCUCAAUUACCAUUUUACUGGCACUGGUUCUCAAUUUAUGCCUGAUUGGAGGCUACAUUCCCCAUGCUAGUGUCAACUUCCCCAUUAUGGCCGAGUUCUUCUUCGGAGGAAUCUGUGCUGUGAGCGCAUCUGUUGUUCAGAGCGUCAUGAUUCUCCUCAUGUACCACUCGUCCGAGAAGCCGAAAGAACCCUCCAAAUUGAUGCGAAAAGUGAUUUUGGGCUGGCUUGCCAAAGUGACAUUUACGUCUUUGAAAGGACUAGAGAACGAUCACAUGCUUGAAGACGACAACAGCUCGGAACAAGAAAAGAGCUCAACAAAAGAAGAAAACGACACUAAGAAAAUUUCUGCUUCAGACUUCGCCGACGCAGUGCUGGUCAUUUCAAAUCACAUUAAGCAGAGCCAGCAAGAAAUUAGUGAGUCUGAAUCGGAGAAUCUGCCUAGCACAGCGAGUGAACUGCUGUUGAACAGUCUAUAUAACGUGCAAGUGAGUGCCAGAAAUUGGGUGGCUAGAGAACAGGAGGACAGGAAUGAACACUUCAUCAAGUUGCAGUGGAAGCUGAUUGCACAGGUGUUCGACCGACUGCUUAUGAUAUUUUUCACAUUCAUAUGUGCCGGAUGUGGACUUGCCUUCAAGCUAAGGUUUUACAUGGGCGAACAAGCAGCUCUUAGUCAGUUCCCCAAAAAAGAGGAGGAGGCUGAUGACUACUACUAUUACUAUUAUGACUAUGAUUACAACUAUGAAAACUUGGCAGUGAACUAAACCAAAGAAGUCGACAUAAACCAAAUUUGUUUUGAGCUUUAAAUUGAAAUACAAUUUUUGCCAUCUUUGCAAUCCUGA